CCGCGUUUGAUGCAUCUGCAGUUUUUUCUCUCGUUUACAGGGCAACUACCAGCUGUGGAGACAAAGUAGCGAAAAAUGAUUACAAAAUUAGAGAAAUGAUACUUUUUGUCAAACCGAACCCGUGUACUUUUUGGAACCCCGUUUAACAACACACGUCUAGCAAUAAGACCCCUAACAGUCCAGCCAGUAGAGGAAGCUGUGCUGGGACCAAUGCAGACUCCCCCUCAGCUCCUCAGUGCCUGUGCCUGGGUCAACAGUUUUUGUCGGCUCAGGAAAUCGGCCACAGGUGAACCCCCGGAGGCCCCUGAAACGAUGUCCGUCAGCGUCCAUGAAAACCGCAAGUCCCGCACCAGCACGGACUCCAUGAACAUAUCGCUGUUCCACAAGCCGUCUCACCCCGACAGCGUGCUCACGCACCUCAACACGCUGCGCAAGCAGUGCAUGUUCACGGACGUGACGCUGUGGGCGGGGGACCGCUCCUUCCCCUGCCACCGGGCCGUGCUGGCCGCCUGCAGCCGCUACUUCGAGGCCAUGUUCAGCGUGGGCCUGCGCGAGUGCCUGGACGACGAGGUCAACUUCCGCGACUCGGUCCACCCCGAGGUGCUGGAGCUGCUGCUGGACUUCGCCUACUCCUCCCGCCUGGUCAUCAACGAGGAGAACGCAGAGUCGCUGCUGGAGGCCGGCGACAUGCUCCAGUUCCACGACAUCCGCGACGCGGCCGCCGAGUUCCUGGAGAAGAACCUGCACGCCUCCAACUGCCUGGGCAUGAUGCUGCUGUCAGACGCGCACCAGUGCAAGCGGCUCUACGAGCUCUCCUGGAGGAUGUGCCUGCUGCACUUCGAGUCGGUCAGGGACACCGAGGACUUCUACGGCCUCUCCAAGGACAAGCUCCUGGACCUGAUCCUCAGCGACGAGCUGGAGAUCGAGGACGAGCAGCUGGUCUUCGGCGCAGUGAUGCGCUGGGUGCGGUACGACCUGGACGGGCGCAGGGACCACCUCGCGGAGCUGCUGCAGGGGGUACGCCUGGCGCUGCUACCCUCCGAAUGCCUCAUCGAGGCGGUGGCCUGUGAGGAGCUGGUGGCCUCAGACAGGCGCAGCAUGCAAGUGGUGGAGGAGGCCAUGCAGUGCAAGAAGAGGAUCCUGCAGAAUGACGGGGUGGUCACCAGCCCCUGCGCCCGGCCGCGCAAGUCCGGCCACACGCUCCUCAUCCUGGGGGGCCAGACCUUCAUGUGCGACAAGAUCUACCAGGUGGACCACAAAGCCAAGGAGAUCAUCCCCAAAUCGGACCUGCCCAGCCCGAGGAAGGAGUUCAGCGCCUGCGCCAUCGGGUGCAAGGUGUACGUGACGGGGGGGCGGGGGUCAGAGAACGGGGUCUCGAAGGACGUUUGGAUAUACGACACGGUUCACGAAGAGUGGUCCAAAGGCGCCCCCAUGCUGAUCGCUCGUUUCGGCCACGGCUCCACGGAGCUGGAGAACUGCCUCUAUGUGGUGGGCGGCCACACGGCCAUCGCGGGCGUUUUCCCAGCAUCCCCUUCAGUGUCGCUCAAGCAGGUGGAGCGCUACGAUCCCCUCGUCAACAAGUGGACCAUGGUGGCCCCCCUCAGGGACGGUGUCAGCAACGCGGCCGUGGUCAGUGCCAAGCUGAAGCUCUUCGUCUUUGGCGGGACCACCAUCCACAGGGACAAGGCCUCCAAGGUCCAGUGCUACGACCCACUGGAGAACCGCUGGGCCAUUGCAGCCGAGUGCCCCCAGCCCUGGCGCUACACGGCCGCCGCCGUCCUGGGCAGCCAGAUCUUCAUCAUGGGCGGGGACACAGAGUUCACGGCCGCGUCGGCCUACCGCUUCGACUGCGAGACCAACCUGUGGAGUCGCGUUGGGGACAUGACCUCCAAGCGCAUGAGCUGCCACGCGGUGGCUUCGGGGAACAAACUCUACGUGGUCGGGGGUUACUUCGGAACUCAGAGGUGCAAGACCUUGGAUUGUUACGAUCCUACCUCCGAUAGCUGGAACAGCAUAACGACUGUGCCUUAUUCUCUCAUUCCCACGGCAUUUGUCAGCACUUGGAAGCAUCUUCCUGCCUAAGAGCACCUUAUCAGGACUUCCAGUUGAUUGGCUUCACUCAACAACUUCAUCGGCUGCUGGAGGUACUGAAUCAUGUCACAAAGCCAUAGCGACCCUUAAUAACAGCAUGGCAGUGUAUCAUGGCUUCACGCUGGGGUGGCAGAGAAACCCUCCACCCUCCGUGUGGGAAGCAGACUGAAUACUCCAGCAUGGCUCCGCCCUCCCAGCAUCCGUGUGACUGAACUCUGCCUGGAGGAGCGGGUUCUCCAGGGACAGUUACCCAUUGGCACUGCCACUUUAAGAUCGCAUAUUCACAAAGUAGCAGGUGGCCCAGAAUGCUUUGCACUCUAAUUAAAAAUCCAUUGGCGCAGCAUCAAUACCCCUCCGGGGGCUCUGCCACCAGCGUUGGUGGAGAAGGUUGGCAUCGGGGGUGGUUUUUACAAGCAUGCAGAUUAAGUGGGAUUUUGGCUAGUUAAGUCCUGUUACAGUAGGGACAUCCUGUCGCUUUCCUGCCUUGCCUCAACAUCUUUUCACCCUCAUGACAAAGGAACUCAGGUUGCCAGAUAAGCGGAGAGGCUGCUCUUAAAAGGAAAUGCAUUCGCUGCACAACUGCAGUUUAUCAAGGUGGGCUGCAGACACCCACACAGUCGGUCUAAAAAUACCACUCAGAAAUGGGUGCUCCAUGAGUGAUGUACAUGGAGGCUUCACGGCUGUGAAUCUUACUGUGACCAAUGGAUGUUUAAACGAUUACAGCUGGUAAAAGCCUAUUGGACCGUUGUCAUACAUUCUGAAAGGACCAUUCCUUUCAGUUGUUGAACCCAUUUGCCCCUUUCAAAACCCUGGGGAUUCUCAACAAGGUGCAAGACUUUAUAUACAGGUUUUAACUGAACUAUAUCAUACCUAUGACCCCCAUACAAUAAGCAUGUCUGAAAUGCUACAGAUUAUAACCAUAAAGUGUUGUUCAGAUAUUAAUCAAAUCUAGGGAUCACUGCCCAAUGGCAGAGACAGAGAUGAGUGUCAGGAUUAGUGGACCAGGGUUCAUCCUAAUAACUUGAUAAACAUAAUUUCCUAUGCCUGUUCCUCAGAAAAGCUGCUACAUUUGAUUGGUAUAAUUUUCACUUACAACUUUGUCCCUCGUUUGACCUUUAACUAGAUGAGAAUUAUAUAGUUUAUGGCACAGGAAUCCAUUACAGAGAAGCUAUGGUUUCAACAGGCUGGAUUUAUGUUGAUAGGUGAGGGUCAUGUAUUUAUUGCUUUUAACACGGUUGAAGCAAGGUCUUACAAGGUCUUGUCGCAAUAGAAACCACAAUUUCCAGUCGUUAUGUAAUUUUAACAUUGAUCCUGGCUACAGGAGGGGUAGCUGAGAAAAAAUUUAACUUACUUCAAAAGUGUGCCAGAAGUUUCAAGUAAGUUGGGUCACAAUUCAUAAGGUCCAAAUGUGAUGUAAGUAGGUGCCUGCUGAAAAUAUCAAUAGAUACUGCUUAUUAUUCUGUCACUCAUGGGAUGUAUACUGAAACUUGAGAU